AUGGAAUCGGCCGACCACUCAGCUAGCCCCAGUCUUAUCAACCCACUCACUCGCUAUGCGGACUUCAAGUUCGACUUUCCCCCAAACACGUACCCCAAACAGGUCCUCCAAACGAAUUUCAGGUACCCUCCAGAUUGCGGGGAGACAAGCUAUGUUGGGCAUGGAAGACUUAAGGGUCGCCAUGCUUUAGUCACUGGAGGCGACUCGGGAAUCGGGAGAGCCGUUGAGGAGCCAGAUGCCGAGGAUCUCGCACAAUUCCUGGCCAAGGACGACAAGGUCAAGGACUACCUCAUCAGAAUCCCUGGUGAUCUAAGGAGCAAGUUCUUUUGCUACGAGCUCGUCCAGAAAGCAAAGGAGAAGCUUGGUGGGCUUGAUCUCAUAGUGAAUAAUGCUGGAGUUACCGGCGGAAAGGUUGGAAACUUCGACACUUCUGAUCCGGAUGAUUGGGACCACGUUUUCAAAGUCAAUGUCUACGCAGGUCUGCAUAUCACCCAAGCAGCUGCGCCGAUACUUCCUCCGGGAUCAUCCAUCAUAUUCACUGUGUCGUCAGCUGGCCUUUCUCCCCAGCCUGGGACAGUUGCAUACUCUGCCUCCAAGGGCGCGCUCCGCAACUUUGUGAACGGAGCCGCGGCCGAACUUAUCAAGAAAGGCAUCAGAGUCAACGGAGUCGCCCCGGGUGUCACAUACACACCACUGAUGGUUGUCACCGGUUUUAAUGAGAAGGAUCUCGAUGGCUUAGUCGCUCAGUUGGAGCCACAGGGACGUGUCCAGCAGCCUGCUGAAUUGGCUCCCGUUUAUGUAACUCUGGCAGAUGGCCAGUCGUCCUAUGUCUGUGGCAGCGUUUAUGGGACUCACGGAGGUAUUUUGGCUGCCUACUAA